CCUCUAUCGAAACAUGGCGCUGCGAAGGAGGGGUAGUUUCUUUCGGACCCUGAAAAAUGUUGAACCUGAAUACGACAAUGUCACAAUGGACAGGGGGAUAUCUGCUGCUGCACAGAACAAAUGGGUAUUUGAAAUUGCAUGGGAAGUGGCGAACAAAGUGGGUGGAAUCUACACUGUGAUCAAAACUAAGGCUCCCACGACAGUUGAAGAACUGGGAGAACAGUACUGCUUGAUGGGGCCAUACAACCAAUCCUGUGUCCGAACCGAAGUUGAGAUUCUGGAGCCACACAAUUCUGUGUUUAAAGAGAGCAUACAAGCAAUGCGUGAUGCAGGUAUCAAGGUUUACUUCGGUCGGUGGCUGAUAGAUGGAUACCCUAAAGUGAUCCUGUUUGACAUAGGCUCGGCGGCUUGGAAGCUGGAUGAGUUUAAACACGAGUUGUGGGAGAAGUCGAACAUCGGCAUACCGUGGCAUGAUCGUGAGGCAAACGAUGCUGUGAUAUUCGGUGCUUUAGUAUCGUGGUUCCUGGAUGAGUUCCGUAACCGUCUCCUUGGCGAGCCCCUGGUGAUCUGUCACUUCCACGAGUGGUUGGCCGGAGUGGGUCUCCUCUACGCCCGCACCAGGAAACUGGACAUCAGCACCAUCUUCACAACUCACGCCACACUCCUGGGUCGAUAUCUGUGUGCUGGAAAACUGGACUUCUACAAUAACCUUGAUAGUUUCAACCUCGACAAGGAAGCAGGAGACCGACAGAUCUAUCACCGGUACUGUAUGGAGCGGGCGGCCGUCCACUGCGCUCACGUCUUCACAACUGUGUCCGACAUAACUGGCGUAGAGGCAGAACAUCUACUUACACGCAAACCAGAUGUGAUCACACCCAAUGGGUUGAACGUGAUCAAGUUCAGCGCCAUCCACGAGUUUCAGAACCUGCAUGCUGUAUACAAGGAGAAACUACACGAGUUUGUUCGUGGUCACUUUUAUGGACAUUAUGACUUCAACCUGGACAAGACAUUGUAUGUCUUCACUGCUGGCCGGUACGAGUUUUCAAACAAGGGCGUGGACAUAUUUAUAGAGUCACUGGCUCGACUGAACCAUUAUUUGAAGGCUUCAGGAAGUGACAUGACCGUGGUGGCAUUCCUCAUCCUUCCAGCCAAGACCAACAACUUCAACGUGGAGUCUCUCAGAGGGCAGGCUAUUGCCAAACAGCUCCGGGAAACAGUGCAGCAUGUACAGAACUCUGUCGGGAAGAGGAUGUUUGAAAUCUGUUUAAGAGGCAGUAUACCAAACGGCGAUGACCUCCUGGAACAGGAUGAUGUGGUGAAACUCAAGAGAUGUAUAUAUGCAGCACAACGUCACAGUCUUCCCCCUAUAUGUACUCAUAAUGUAGUCGACGACCAUGAUGACAAGGUCCUCAACGCUCUGCGGAGAUGUCAACUUUUUAACAAGAGAGAAGAUAGGGUUAAGGUUAUAUUUCAUCCAGAAUUUCUUAAUUCCACUAAUCCACUUUUUGGUUUGGAUUAUGAAGACUUUGUGAGAGGCUGCCAUCUUGGUGUCUUCGCCUCCUAUUAUGAGCCCUGGGGAUACACACCAGCGGAGUGCACUGUGAUGGGCAUCCCCAGCAUCUCCACCAACCUGUCCGGCUUCGGCUGCUUCAUGAAUGAACACAUAGCAGACCCCAAGUCCUAUGGUAUCUACGUUAUAGACCGGAGGUUCAAGAGCCCUGAGGACUCGAUCAAGGAGCUGGCUCAGCACAUGUUUGACUUCACAUGCCUGUCGCGGAGACAGAGAAUUAUACAGAGGAACCGCACAGAACGACUGAGUGAGCUGUUGGACUGGAGGAACCUUGGGAUCUAUUAUCGGAAGGCCAGGUCUCUGGCUCUACAGCAGACACAUCCAGAGGCAUGUUUGGAGGACAGUCUCGCGGGCAAGCACUUCCUGUAUCCAAAGCCAGCAUCGGAGCCACCGUCUCCAUCCAUGUCUCGGUCAUCGACUCCAGCACCAUCAGAUGGAGAGGAUGAGGAAGAGGAUGAGGAAGAUGACCCUCGUUACCAUGACGAUGAAGCUUGAGCUACCUAUAGUAUUAUGUUUCCAAUGGGAUGAACAAUGUUGCAUAUGAAACUAAUUCCGAUGAUCAGGGGAGAUAAUACUAUAUUCAUCUGUCACUCGCCACAAAAAUAUACUUCUGGAGAGCAGUGUCCGACAACUUGAAUCAACAAGGGAGGUAACUGGGAACAAUUCAUUUCUACCUCUAGUUCAACUGAUGGAGACUGGAUUGAUGGAGUGUGGCAUUGCUUGAAUAAACUGAAUAUUACAAAAGCAAACACUGCUUGUAUUUUACAUAGUAUCCUUAAGUACAUACUUUCACAAGUAUUUCAUUUAGUGAAUUAUAUAGUUAAUUUGUAUGGUGUACUUAUUUGGUGAAAAAGAUAUUCAUCAGGUGUGAAAUUCUUUUUUGAAUACAUUAUAUUGGAUACGAUAUUCAAAUUGCAAUCUCAUUAAGAUGAGAUCUUUUACUUGGACAAUAUCUGUAAAUGAUGAUCUAUUGAUCCCUCUCCAUAGGAGGUCACUUCAGGUGAACACUGGGAAGUUUGACUACCCAGUCCAAAUGAAAUAUGUUUAGCUUUCUUCAGAUUUCAAGUACAAUUUCAGCUUUUCAUCAACCUCAAUUUUAUAAUUACAAUCAUAGCAAAUAAAACUGCCAAGAAUGUAUGUACCCUUGAAAGUACAUCUUCAUGAUGUAAGUGCCACUCAAAACAUUUUCUUUAAGAAUGCAAUAGCACCACGUUUUUGCAUUCUGAACUAAUUUAAUUUUUAUAGCCUUUAAUACUGAUUGGUUGAUUAGAAAGUUCAUCUGAUGGGGGCCUCCCAUGACGGUGUAAUCAGAUCCUCGUUAUGAGAGGUAGUGGUUAUGAAUAGUGAUCCAAUUUUACUGAGAUCAUCGCUGUUACCAUAUGUAUGUAUCACAUCUGUGUUGCACCAGAUGAGUGUAUUUGGAUUGAAACAUUGAAUAUAAUGUGUGAUAAUAAAUUAUAAUACUGUU